CAUAUGAAUUUAUCUCAAAGACAAAUCCUUUUAAGAAAAUCUCACUCUUUGGCAAGUGCCCUUGUUACCAAAUCACAAAAUUCUAUCCCCAAUUCGGGUAGACAUCUUGAUUCGGAUCUGAUUCGUAAUGCACAUCAGGUGUUCGACGAAAUUCCGGACUUAAAUGUUGUUUCUGCUACAGCGGUGAUUGGUCGUUUUGUGAAGGAAAACAGACAUGUAGAAGCAAGUCAUGCCUUCAAAAGGUUGUUGUGUUUGGGCAUAAGGCCAAACGAGUUCACGUUUGGCACGGUCAUUGGGUCUUCUACAUCGUUGAGAGAUGUCAAAUUGGGUAAGCAGCUACAUUGCUAUGCGUUAAAGAUUGGACUUGCGUCGAAUGUGUUUGUGGGUAGUGCGGUUUUGAACUGUUAUGUGAAGCUGAGUGCGUUAACAGAUGCUCGUAGAAGUUUCGAUGACACUAGAGACCCAAACAUAGUUUCUAUUACCAAUUUGAUUAGUGGGUACCUUAAGAAACAUGAAUUUGAGGAAGCCCUUUCGUUGUUUAGAACAAUGCCGGAGCGAAGUGUUGUUACUUGGAAUGCAGUGAUUGGAGGGUUUAGCCAAACGGGGCAGAACGAAGAAGCUGUGAAUACGUUUGUGGAUAUGUUAAGGGAAGGUUUGGUGCUGCCUAACGAGUCAACCUUCCCUUCUACUAUAACAGCCAUAUCUAAUAUAGCGUCUCAUGGUGCUGGUAAAAGUAUUCACGCUUGCGCAAUAAAGUUCUUGGGGAAGCGAUUCAAUGUUUUUGUUGGGAAUUCUCUGAUUAGCUUUUACUCAAAAUGUGGUAACAUGGAAGAUAGUCUUCUGGCUUUUAACAAGCUCCAAGAAGAACAACGGAACAUUGUAUCUUGGAACUCUAUGAUAUGGGGUUAUGCGCACAACGGAAGAGGAGAAGAAGCUGUAGCUAUGUUUGAGAAAAUGAUCAAAGACACAAACCUGAAACCAAACAAUGUGACACUUCUUGGACUAUUAUUUGCGUGUAACCAUGCAGGCCUGAUACAAGAAGGAUACACGUAUUUUAACAAAGCGGUGAAUGAUUAUGAUGAUCCAAACCUGAUACAACCAGAGCACUAUGCUUGUAUGGUGGAUAUGCUCUCUCGGUCAGGCCGUUUCAAAGAAGCUGAGGAGCUUAUUAAAAGUAUGCCUCUUGACCCGGGAAUCGGGUUUUGGAAGGCAUUGCUUGGGGGAUGCCAGAUUCACUCAAACAAGCGUCUGGCUAAAUUAGCGGCGUCUAAGAUCUUGGAGAUGGAUCCCAGAGAUGUUUCAUCAUACGUUAUGCUUUCAAAUGCUUACUCUGCUUUGGAAAACUGGCAGGAUGUGUCACUAAUACGGAGGAAAAUGAAGGAGACGGGUUUAAAGCGUUUUACGGGAUGUAGUUGGAUUGAAAUUAAAGGCCAAGUUCGUGUCUUUGUGAAUGCUGACAAGAACAACGAACUUAAGGAUGAAGUCUAUAGGAUGUUGGCAUGUAUUACACAACAGCUUGAUGAAGAUGAAUGUUGGGAAGACUUAUGAAUGCAACUCUUAACAUGUAUAACAAUCUUCCUCGAGCGCUUCUAUGCAGAUCUCGCAAAAAUAUUUUACCAUUGCAGCAA